AUAGUACACCUCAUUUCAUCAAUUUAUUUCUUCUUCUUCUUCUUCUUCGUAUUCUCUCACUCACAUUCACAUGAUCAUUUGCAUUCCUAUCCAUCUUUUCAAAGUGUACUUGUUAAUUAUUUUGUUAACAUGUCUCUUCAAUCUGCCAAUGCUACUUCUUUCCUAAAAUCCAAUCAAUUUCAAAUUGCUACUAAAACUGUUGCUAAAUUGCCCAAAUCAAAGAUUAUUGUUACCAAAAGGAGGGAUCCAUUUAAAUUGAAUUGUAGCCAAAAUGAGGAUUACUACUUGGAUGCUCCUGUUUCGGCUGGUGAUGGCUUCUCUUUCAGUGGAGGAAAGUAUUCAGAUGGGUCAAGUCCUGCUGAUGAAUGGUUCAAGCAAGGGAAAAUGGUGAAAGCUUGUGUUGUUCGCGGCUCAGGGGAAAAGGCAAAAGAUCCAAUAUUUGGGUUGACAAUGGGCAGCAGUUCACAAGCUUCUGACGACAUUUUCAGAUGGUUUUGUGUUGAAAGUGGAAGUACCGAUAAUCCUUCAGUCGUGCUCAUUCAUGGUUUUCCAUCACAGGCUUACUCCUAUCGCAAAGUUAUUCCAAUACUUUCCAAGAACUAUCAUGUCAUUGCUUUUGAUUGGUUAGGAUUUGGGUUUUCAGAGAAGCCGCAACCUAAAUAUGGUUUUGACUACACAAUGGAAGAAUAUACCGCAUCCUUGAAAACUUUGAUUGAUGAUCUUGUUCCCAAUAAGGUUUCACUUGUUGUACAGGGAUACUUCUCACCAGUGGUUGCAAAAUAUGCUUUUGAUCAUCAGGAUAAAGUCAAUGAUCUCAUCCUACUUAAUCCACCCAUAACUGCAAAGCACGCCAACUUGCCAUCUUCACUGUCCAUAUUCAGCAACUUUCUGCUGGGGGAGAUCUUUUCUCAGGAUCCUUUAAGAGCAAGUGACAAAGCAUUAACUAGCUCAGGUCCAUACAAAAUGAAGGAAGAUGAUGCCAUGGUAUAUAGAAGUCCCUAUCUCACGUCAGGUUCUUCCGGGUUUGCACUAAAUGCAGUUAGCAGAGCUAUGAAAAAACAGUUAAAGGCUUAUGUUGAGGAGACGAGGAAGAUACUCAUGAAUGAAAACUGGAAAGUCCGAACAACUGUCUGUUGGGGUCAAAGGGAUCGUUGGCUAAACUAUGAAGGUGUUGAAGAAUUCUGCAAAGAGUCAAAACACAAAUUGGUUGAACUCCCAAUGGCAGGGCACCAUGUACAGGAAGACAGUGGUGAAGAGAUAGGAAAUAUCAUUGCUGAACUGCUCAGAAAACCGAGACUUGUAUAGUACUUUCAUUGUAUUAAAUUGUAUUAAAGGUUUAAACACACAAAACUUGCAGAUCAGAAACACUAGUUCUUGCUAGAAAAAUGUAUUGUAACAACCUUGGAACAUCAUAUGAAUGAGUGAUUACUCAAAA